AUGGACGAGGUUCGGGCAAAGUUAGACGCUUCGACAAGAAGGGUAUACGCACGACGUUACGGUCGGGAUGCGGCCGUUCGAAGGCAGUCGGGGCCGUCGCUUUUCGUCCCACGAAGACAAGGAGUCGAGAUGCCACCGUCUUACUUGGCUCUUAUCGAAAAAAUGAACCCGAUCCUUUUCGACGAGAUCCACGAUGGAGAAAUGAAUCAGCUACCUAUUCCCCCUGAUGAUAUCGCGUACCUCAACCGACUCGGACAGUUUAUCGAUAUCUUUGAAGGCGUACUAUUAUCAGAAACUAGCGAGUAUCAUGGUGAAGAAGCAUAUGUUCUUCAAGCAGAAUAUGAUAGAGUGUACGAUUUACUGUUUACAAAUAGUCAAUCGAUGACAAUUCUCGGCGAUGGCCAAUACACCUAA